GCCAGCCAGCGGCGCCCAGGGGCCGCCCAGCGGGCCGUGCCGGCGCCGUGCCGGCGCGCAGCCAUGAGCCGGGAUCUGACCGUCUUCCGCGGCCGGCGGGACCAGGACCCGCCCGGCAUGAGUGAGAAGGUGGAGCGCAUCAUGCAGGAGCAGGGCGUGAGCGAGCCCGUGGCCCGGAACCUCAUCAAGUACGGCAAGUUCGGCAUCGGGCCCAUGGCGGGCGGCCAGCUCGCCCCGCAGGCCCCGGCCUCGAGGCCAGCGCCCUCGAUGAAGGACGCCGCCGAGGAGAGGAAGCGCAAGCUCCAGGAGCAGGAGGAGCGGCUGCAGGCCCUGGAGAAGCAGCGGGAGGACGAGCGGCGCCACGCACCCCAGGCAGCGUUCAGCCCCUUCGAGCAGGCGGAGAGGCCGAAGGCGGCGCGCAGCGCUCCCCGCCUGGGCCUCAUCAGCCUGGGGGCGGUGCAGUCGCGGCCGGAGUCCAUCGAUCCGCUCGCCAAGGUCGACGUUCCCGUGCUGGCCGAGGGCGCGGCGGGAGCCGCGGAGGACGGCCCCGGCGGCAAGGGCAGGCCGGCAGACGCCGUGACUGGUGCGGCGGCCCCGCAGCCAUCUCGCGAGAGCGAGCACGCUCCAGAGAAGCGAAGGGUGUUCACGGAGGACGACAGGAGGAAGCCGCCCAAGAAGAAGAAAAAGAGGAGGAGAGAGGUUGGCUCCAGUGAUAGCGAGGAGGCGGCGAAUGGCGCGGCACAGGAGAGCGCCAAGAGAGCCAGGGAGGCCGCCCAGAGGCCGCCGAGGCCGAGAUCUCCGAGCUCUGCGUCGGGUCCUCCAGAGCCGCCGCGGGAGGCGAGACCUGCUGCGAGCGGCUCCUUGAUGACCGAGGAGCAAGUCAGGGCUAUGAUGGGCAAGGAGAAGGGGAAGAAACUGGAGCGCGGUUCUGCGCGAGCGAAGGCGCGGAUCCAGAAGGAGAUGCAGGAGUGGGAGUCCACCAAGAACAGCAACCCAGAAUUCUGGAAGGCGCCCAAGUUCGCACUGUGCUACUCUGGAGAGACAACGAAGAAUCGGAACUACUGAUUCAGCUCGACGGCCGCGGGGACGCGAGGUUUCUCCUCUAUCCGGGCGACAUCAGCUGACCAUGCCGAUCCUGGCCAGUCCAAUGCUGGGCCCAGGAUGAUUCAGCUCGACGGCCGCGGGGACGCGAGGUUUCUCCGCUACCCGGGCGGCAUCGGCUGACCAUGCCGAUCCUGGCCAGACCAAUGCUGGGCCCAGGAGGGAUCGGUGAGGUUGUCGGCUGACGUCUCCCGGCCAAAGCCCAGGCACGCCUCGCUGCAGGCCGUGACCUCUUGGCAGGCGCGAUCCUGUGCUUGCGUUGGGGGGGCCGCCGUCUGGCCGCAGCAGUUCCUUCCGCGCGCCAGCCGAUGCUCUCCUCCUCCCCCUCAUCAUCCUUCUUCGGCUGCGGCUGCGGACCUGGCCCUCCGUGAGGAUGCGGCCCUCACCCCUUCCCUGCGCACACAAUGUCCUGGCGGG